GCAUUAAAAAUAGGAGUAACUCCCAAGUUCAGGCGAAGGAAGUUGGCGUUCUGAAUUUCCCCCUGCUGUUGGGAGCGGCGUCAGGCGCAGCCCGGCCGGCUGCGGGCAGCUGCGCACACGCUCGGCUCCCCGCGCUGCCAUGGCUGCAGCCGCGCUGCUCUGCUCCCUCGCCCUGCUGCUCCACACCUCCCUGUCCCUGCACCAUGUGCCGAUGCUGCUCUGGUCAACUGGGAGAUCGCAGUGGAAUCCAGCGACUGCAGUGCAUGGAGGACAAGUUGUCUCAGCAGAGGAACUGACAGCACUCUUGCAACCUCUUUUUACCCAGAACUCCAGAAACCUCGUCUUGUUCCUGCAAGAUAGGCUUAGCAUAGAUGACUUCACGUACUUCAGUGAAUCCUAUGGCAACAAGAAUCCAUUUCAAAAUGUUCAGGAAAUUCUUCAGUCUUCUCCUUCAUCUUUAGUUUUGCCAGCUGUUGACUGCAAGGCUACCAGCUCUCUCCUGAAGGUUCUUCAAGAAUCAGGAGAUUGGAAGUUAACAAAUGUAACUAAUCUCAAUGUCUCUCAGCUGGAAGUGAAUGCAUCUCACCCAAAUUUACUGGUGGUUCAGCUACAACCACUUACCAGUGAUUUAAAAGAGAUUUCCACCCUGGAAGCAAUUGCUGAAAAUGACAAAAUAAUUGGAAGAGUGACCAUGGAUCUGCAGGAACGAGGGAUUAAUUUUUCAGUCAUUUAUACUGCAGUGAGACCUUCAAGGAUUUCCAGAAGAACUGAUGUGGUGGCAAAAGUAAGGCGACAAUUAAUGGCUACUGAGGAAGAUGAAAGUUUAUCAUAUCCUCCUCUGAAUGUAACCACUGGAAAUGAUACAUGCAUCCUUUUUUAUGCUAGUAAUUUCAGCCUCAAAGCCAACAGUUCUGUUUUAGUAGAUUUGACAAAUGCAACAUUUUUAACACAGAAUGUGGAUAUUUCUGCCUCUGAGUGCUCAGACAGCAACACAACACUGUCAUUAAAAUACACAAAACCAGUGAAUGGAAUCAGCAGCCUAGAGAUAAGGUUUUUAAUGACCAACAAGUUCUAUGAAGUCUCGGCUAGAAGAUGGUCCACUUUAGAUUUAGUUGAGAUUGUACAAGAUGGAGAAAAGUUAGCUAACUUUAGUGUUUCUGGCAUCUCUGCCCCUGCAGAGUAUUCAUUUCAUUGUCAGCUGGUGGGAACAAGCAAUCUCUAUCCUGUAAGGCUGGUUCCAUCCAACGAUGAGGCAAAAAAUUGGGAUAUUUUCAUUUCCAAGUUGCAAAUUCAAGGCUUCAACGUUACAAACAACCAGUUUUCCUAUGCAAGUGACUGCACAGGUUUCUUCACUCCUGGAAUUUGGAUGGGCUUGUUGACAUCUAUAAUUUUACUGUGGAUCCUGACCUAUGGAAUCCAUAUGAUCAUGCAGCUCACAACAAACAGCAGAUUUGAUGAUCCCAAAGGUCCAGCUCUGUCAGUUCCUCAGACAGAAUAGCCAUGGAUUGACUUCAUGCCGCUGUGGCUUUCCCCAAUCUGGUGUUUAUGAUUUUUAUAACCUUUUUACUUCAAAAUAUGUUUAACUUAAAAAGAUAUCAUAGGAAAACCAGAUAAUGAAACUACAUAUAAAAAUGAUCCUUGUGCUUAGCAACAAUAAUAAUUCUAUCUGUUAUUAUGAUCAUUUGUUAACAGCUUUUUUUGUGUUAAGUUUCUGAAGUGAGACUGUAGAUGACUCUCUCUGGCUAUUAGAAAGACCAUUAAAAACUUCCUUCAGAUUGACUUCUCUUGGCAAAGAAAACAUGCCAAGACACAGAUAAUAGGGAGGGAUAAAAUAUUUGAUGAGAAAUUAUAUAUUAAAAAUACUGGUCUCUCUAAAGGCUCUUUAGUGUCAUGAUGAUGCUACGCCUUAAGAAAUUUUAACUGUGUUUUGAAAUUUUUUUCUUGAGUAAAAUGUUCAGAAAUGUACGGAACUAAUAAAGUAUAAGUCACUAAA